CAGAAACAGUAAGAGUAGUAUGGGUAGUGUGAUGGAAUCCCACGAAGACUCUAAAGGACAUUGAGAGGGACAAAAACAGAGUUUGGAUACGCCGUUCAAUAUGGAAGACAAAGAACAAGAGGAUACGUGCAGUAUAUACCCGAUUGUUCUGCCAUCUGGAAGUGAGAUUAAGGCUCGUGUGCAACAUUUCAUAGAGGACCAGUUACAGAGCACCAUGUGGACUGGUGUGCUAAUUGGAGCUGCUGUUGCAAUUUCACUCAUCAGUAUUGUUGUCUUUUUUCUGCACAGAAGAUACAAAGCCAGAGAAGAGCAAAAUGAGGGCCCUAAAUAUCGUUUCCGAAAAAGAGACAAAGUCAUGUUUUAUGGCAGGAAGAUUAUGAGGAAGGUACAGACCUUGUCCUCACCAGCCACUUCAGGUCCAGUAUCUCAGAAACGAACCCGAAAAAGAACAAAAGUCCUGUCAAUAGCUAGCAAAAUCUUACGUUUUCGGAGGGAGCCACCGACCCUGGAGCCAAAAGAGCCUCCCCCUUCACUUCUGGAAGCAGAUCUAACUGAAUUUGACAUGCAGAAUUCUCACCUGCCCUCUGAGGUCUUGUAUAUGCUGAAAAAUGUGAGAGUUCUAGGUCAUUUUGAGAAUUCUCUGUUCUUGGAACUGUGUCGACACAUGGAGUUUGUUCAACUGCAGCAGGGGGAAGGAUUAUUCCGCCCAGGAGACAUCGAUGACAGCAUCUUUGUGGUUCAGGAUGGGCGUCUUGAUCUGUGUAUCCAUGAACAUGAUGGAAAAGAGGUGGUAGUGAAACACGUUUUGCCUGGAGACAGUGUUCACAGUCUUCUCAGCAUCCUUGAUGUCAUCACUGGUCAUCCAGCCCCAUAUAAAACGGUGUCAGCUAGGGCAGCAGCUCCGACCACUGUUCUCCGCCUCCCAGCACAGGCUUUCCAAUCCAUCUUUGAGAAAUACCCAGAGACACUGGUCCGGGUUAUUCAGAUUAUCAUGGUGCGUCUUCAGAGAGUUACUUUUCUUGCCCUUCACAACUAUCUCGGCCUGACCACAGAACUUUUCAAUCCGGAAAGUCAAGCUGUUCCUCUGGCGUCAGUGGUCGGUGUUGUAGGAGAAGCCAGUCCUGGCAAAGGAUUGCGUAGACACUCUCAGACAGUUGAGGAAUUGACUGACAAAGUCCCUCAAAAGCCCUCAGACCAUUCUAGUGACACAAGUCAGAUGCACAAAAUCACAGGAGAGGAUGGUGCGAAGCCUAAUGCAACAGAAAGUCCCGCUGCUUUAUUCAGGAAGUCUCUUUCUCUGUCGACCCCUUUAGACAGUGCACGUGCUGGGUCUUCUGACCAUAAUAUGAAAGAAGAUGUCCCUACAAGUCCUGUUGUCAUUCAUAAGUCUAUUCGGAAGAAGUCAGUGACGAUGCAGCAUUCUCCCUCAGCUGUGUUCCACUACUCAGACGCUGGGGGUCACUCUAGCCACAUCCACCACUCUAAAGUGAAUGUCAUUUUCCAAGCUGCCAAAAAGGACUUUCUCAAGAUUAUUCAGCUUCAGGAUCCCAGUCUUCUAGAAGAUAGAGUAACUCUGAGGCAAGUUAAGGCGGGAUCUGUGGUAGCAAGCGAGGGAGACCAGGAUGUGAGCAUGCAGUUUGUGAUCUCGGGAACUCUUCAUGUGUACCAGAAACUAAUUGACAGAGAAGAUGAGACGUGUCUGUUUGUGACUCACCCUGGAGAGAUAGUGGGUCAUCUGGCCGUUCUCACAGGAGAGCCGCUCAUCUUCACUGUGCGUGCCCACAGAGACUGCUGCUUCCUUUCCAUCUCCAAAACACACUUCUAUGAGAUCAUGCGUGUUGAGCCUCGGGUGGUGUUAAAUGUAGCUCACACGGUGGUACGGAGGGUCUCCUCCUUUGUCCGACAGAUUGACUUUGCCCUGGACUGGAUGGCAGUGGAGGCCGGCCGUGCUGUCUACAGACAAGGAGAUAAAUCAGACAGCACUUUCAUUGUUCUGAGUGGCCGCCUGCGCUCUGUUAUCAUGAAAGAUGAUGGGAAAAAAGAGCUUGCUGGAGAGUAUGGGCGAGGAGACCUCAUCGGUGUGGUGGAAGCUUUGACUCAUAUGAAUAGAGCUACUACAGUUCACGCAGUCCGAGACUCUGAAUUGGCCAAACUGCCUGAGGGAGCUCUCAACUCCAUUAAGAGGAAAUAUCCACAGGUUGUGACUCGUCUGAUCCAUCUUCUUGGGCAGAAAAUCUUGGGAAACAUGCAACAGGUUAAUGGUCCACUCUCAGUUCGCAGUUUAGGGUUUAAUACCCCAACCAGUAAGUGGGUUGCAGGUAACCCAGCCUCCAACCUGUCUACUGUUGCCAUUCUGCCAGUGUCUGAAGAGGUGCCUUUGACUGCCUUUACCCUAGAGUUACAGCAUGCUGUUAGUGCUAUUGGUCCCACUUUGCUUCUAACCAGCGACAUCAUUAGACAACACCUGGGUGUCGCAGCCUUGGACAGUGUUCACGAGUACCGUUUGUCCAGUUGGCUUGGCCAACAAGAGGACAUCCACCGAAUUGUCCUGUAUCAAUCAGACAGUUCUCUGACUCCUUGGACUCAACGCUGCAUCAGACAGGCUGACUACAUCAUCAUAGUGGGUCUGGGGGAACAAGAGCCCACCGUGGGAGAGUUGGAGCGUAUGCUUGAGAGCAGUGCAGUGAGAGCUCAGAAGCAGCUGGUUCUGUUGCACCGUGAGGACGGGCCGCCACCCACAGGAACAGCUGAAUGGCUCAACAUGCGCAGCUGGAUCUCCAGACAUUUGCACCUGUCAUGCCCUCACAGGGUCUUCUCAAGGAGGAGUCUACCCAAACUGAGAGAGAUGUAUCACCGGGUAUUUGAGAAACCUCCUGACCGUCAUUCUGACUUCUCACGCCUGGCUCGGAUCCUGACAGGCAACGCAAUCGCUUUGGUGUUGGGAGGUGGAGGGGCAAGAGGAUGCUCUCAGGUGGGCAUCAUUCGGGCACUGAGUGAAGCAGGCAUCCCUGUGGAUCUGAUUGGUGGCACUUCCAUCGGUUCCCUGAUAGGGGCUCUCUAUGCUGAAGAGCGAAGCGCGAGUCGUCUGACAGUCAGGGCACGCCAGUGGGCCAUGGACUUUGGAUCUAUUUUUAAGAAAAUGACAGACUUGACCUACCCAGUGACAUCCAUGUUUACUGGAGCAUCAUUUAACUCCAGUAUCAGUGGCAUCUUCAAGGACAAACAGAUUGAGGAUCUUUGGAUCCCAUAUUUCAACAUCACCACAGACAUAACCGCCUCUUCCAUGAGAGUGCACACUGAUGGCUCUCUGUGGAGGUAUGUUCGUGCUAGUAUGUCUCUUUCUGGGUACCUUCCUCCUCUAUGUGACCCUAAAGAUGGACACUUACUCAUGGAUGGCGGAUACAUCAAUAAUCUACCCGCUGACAUAGCUUGCUCGAUGGGUGCCAAGUUGGUGAUUGCCAUAGAUGUUGGCAGUCAAGAUGAAACUGAUCUUACCAACUACGGAGACUCUUUGUCUGGAUGGUGGCUGCUAUGGAAACGCUUGAACCCUCUGACAGAGAGAGUAAAGGUGUUGAACAUGGCAGAGAUUCAGACCCGUCUGGCCUACGUGUGCUCUGUGCGUCAGCUGGAGUUGGUAAAAGACAGCGACUACUGCGAGUACCUGCGACCACCCAUAGAUCGCUAUGGCACACUUGAUUUUGGCAAAUUUGAUGAGAUUGCUGACGUUGGCUACCGACAUGGAAAGACUGUGUUUGAUGUGUGGUGCCGGAGUGGAGUGAGGGAGAAGAUGCUCAAAGAUCAACAUCAAGAGGAAUUCUACAAAACCAAAACCAAUGUGGUGACCUGUCCCAAUGCUUCUUUCACUGACCUGGCUGAAAUAGUGUCCAGAAUAGAACCAGUGAAGCAGGCCCUUGUGGAUGAGGAGUCAGAGUACCAGACAGACUAUGAUGAGGAUGCAGUGCUGUCAGACUUCGAUCUGUCCAACCCGAACAGUGAACACAGCGAGCAUACUGAAGAAGAGGAGGAGGAUGAGACAGCAGAUACGGCUGAUACAGAGGAAGAAAUGGAGAUCAGGCACAGGAGGCAUCAAGCACACAACCACACCAGCCACCUCACCUGACCUCAGAUACCUCGUCCAAAAUAUUUAGAUGUUUUUUGAGUUGGCCCAUGUGAGGGGAUUUUAACAAGUUACGUUCAAUACUGGAAUUCUCUUGCUUAAGUUUUUAAAAAACUAACAGAAAAUUAGAAAGGGACUCUUAACAGAAAAGGGGAGAGUAUUGUGGUGCAUCAUCUUAAUUUAUUCUACAAAGAGUGAUAAACAAGUCUGAGAUUGUGGUCUUACUACAUGUUGAGCCAUAGAGAAGCCGGUACAUUCACAUGUUCGUCCUCAACACUGGAUUAUAUCUCUGAGUUCAGUAAUAUUGAUGAUAACAAAGUGCUUUUACUUUUGAUAUUACAUAAGGUCAACAAUUGAAACUGUCAAUGCAAUUUUAACAGUUUCACUGUGUGAAAAGAGAAGCUGUUUUUGUGUCUGUAGCAUCUUAAUGGUUAACUGUGAAGAAGAUGCGAAUAAGCUGUGAUGUAAGAAGGCUGUAUUUUUUAUGUUUUGUUGUUAAAAAGUUGUCUAAUCCAUUUAUAACCUAAUGACAGUAGUACCAUGGGUAAAUUAAAGAUUGAAUGAAUUACCAGUCUCCUGCACUGUCUUUUUAUAUUUGACCAAUUAAAAGUUAAUAGUUGUGUGAAUCCUUGGUUCAUUGUUUAAUACUGGAUCUCUGGAUAUAUGUUUGGGUGAUUUAAGCUUCAAAGUGAGGCACUAUCCACCACCAUUGUAUUGAGGAGAUGGUCCGUUAUUCAAUAAAACAUCUCCUUUUGUGUUCCGCAUAAGAAAGAAAGUCAUACGGGUUUGGAAUCCAUGAGGAUGAGUAAAUUAUGACAGAAUUUUCAUUAUUGUGUGAACUAUUCCUUUAAAUGUGUUUAGCAAAAUG